UUUCAUUUUCUCAUUUGUAAUUUUCUCCUUAAAAUCAAUUUUUUUGUUUGCUUGCUGUAUUCUUUUUAAAUCGAUUUGACUUAGGGUUUAAGCCUCAUCUUGAAAUUUAUAUUUUCUUCCCAACUUUUUCUAAGGUAUAUCUUGUAGAUUUGCGUGAUUUCGGGCUUAUAUAUCGCAAUGUGGGAAUAGAAUAAGUAGAUUUCGUUGGGAUAACCUUUUUGUGAGACAUCUUGAACCCUAGUUUUGGAAUAUACUGCAUUUGCUAUGAUUUUCUAAAAUUAUCUGUAUUUUUUCUUGAAGUAUUCGUUGAUUGAUUCUGUUAGUUACUUGUAAAGCUAAGUUUCCAGAAGAUAUAUAGAAUCUAACCGCUUCCUGUUAUUUUAAGUUGAUUGCAGUUGUGCUAUUUGUCCAAGCGAGGAUUGGAGAGUAAGUUGCUUGUUUGUACAUGAACUAAGAUUCAAAAUGAUUGGAUCUUUUCUUACGAGAGCUCUGGCAUUGGUUCUUGGCUAUGCUUAUCCGGCCUACGAAUGCUUCAAAACUGUUGAAUUGAACAAACCGGAGAUUGAGCAGUUGCGAUUUUGGUGUCAGUAUUGGAUUUUAGUUGCUGCACUGACAGUCUUCGAGAGAGUAGGAGAGAGUUUUAUUUCAUGGUUGCCAAUGUAUAGUGAAGCAAAGGUAGCAUUUUUUGUAUAUCUUUGGUAUCCUAAGACAAGGGGAACAGCUUAUGUCUAUGAAACCUUCUUCCGACCAUAUGUUUCAAAGCAUGAGACUGAGAUUGAUCGUAACUUACUUGAAUUGAGAACAAGGGCCGGAGACAUGGUCGUUCUUUACUCGCAGAGAAUCGCUAGCUAUGGGCAAACAAGAUUUUUUGAAAUCUUACAAUAUGUUGCCUCCCAGUCGCCAUCACAGUCAACAAGACCCCGCCCCGCUCAGCAACGUCAGGAACCUCUUCAGCAAUCUCAGCAAGUUCGUCCCACAGCACCUACCACAGCCACACGCCAACCAGCAGUAUCCCAACAACCUCAGCAUCUUACCCGCCAGCCGCCACCUCCUGCUAGUCCCUCAAAGAGCCCUCUACAAGAACCUACAAAGAUUGCGGCAUCUUCUUCAGCAGUCACCGUUCCUCCUGCUGCUCAGUCCCAGUCCUUAGCCAAAACUGCUAGUCUCCCCAGUUCUUCUGGCCAGCCUCCAUCACUAGGGAAAGCUGCUAGCCUCCCGAGUUCUUUAGACACUGUUUCUUCUGCUUCUUCCCCUGACGACGCUGAUAAGAUGCAAGUUGAAGUGGCUAGUGCGAUAUUGGAUAAUAAGCAAAAUCCGCCGCCGCCUCAGGAAACGCCAAUGGAGGAGGCGAUUCGUGUCACUCGUGGGAGGUUGAGAAAGCGAGCCGCCGCGGGUGGUUCUUGAACUCUGGAAGUAUGGAUUUGCUAAACCGUGAGUCUUGAAUCCUUCUUAGCAGAGGGAUGAGACAAGUUAUUCUGGGUGGGGAAUUGUUUUUGUUAGCUUCCUCGAUGUGGGUAAAUAACUUUGAUGUCUGAAGGACAUGGAACUGGUAGCUCUUGGUAGCAAGUUUGAUGGAUGUGAUGAUGUUAUUGUUGUAUUGAUCCUUCUUACUUCAGGGUAGUUAGGUCGUUCUUUAUUGUUAUUUGAUUUAGGCAGAUUGGGCCUUGGAAUUAAGUUGAUUGGGCUGGGCUUGAUCCUACAAAAUGAAUAGGUUGUAAAUUACAAGUCAGCCUAAGUCAGCCUCUGAUACCAGGCGGAUUCAUGUGUGUAAUAUUUGCAUUUAUUAGCAGAGUUGAGUAUUUAGUACAA